GGCUCUUUGUCUAAAAAUAACGUCGGCUACAGGUUAGGAAAGAGGAAAAUGAUCUUCGAACGAAGGAAACGAGUGUCGGAUUAUGCUUUGGUGUUUGGCAUUCUUGGCACAGGCAUAAUGGUCAUCGAGACUGAGAUGUGCAUGGCUAAGGUCUACAACAAGGAGUCGUUCUACUCGUCUGCCGUGAAGUCGUUGAUAACAAUCAGCACAUUUGUCCUGCUUACUCUCAUCGUGGCUUACCAUGCCCUUGAGGUUCAGUUGUUUGCGGUGGACAACUGCAUCGAAGAUUGGAGGAUAGCAAUGACGUGUCGUCGCAUCGUUCAACUGUCCCUGGAGUUGGUCGUGUGCAGUGUGCAUCCGUUUCCUGGUGCCUGGUACUUCCGCUGGACCACCGUGCACGCCGAUGGAGAUCACGUGACCACGCGUCAGGUCCCAGUCGACUUGAUCUUCAGUCUUCCUAUGUUCCUGCGAUUGUACCUCAUCUGCCGCGUGAUGCUGCUGCAUAGCAAACUCUUCACGGAUGCCUCCUCGAGGAGCAUAGGAGCCCUCAACCGCAUCAGUUUCAACACGAGGUUUGUCCUGAAGACACUCAUGACCAUCUGUCCUGGCACAGUCCUACUGGUCUUCAUGCUCUCGCUCUGGAUGAUUGCUAGUUGGACGCUCAGGGCCUGUGAGAGCCACCAUUCCGAGAAGCACAAGAACCUGUUGAACUCCAUGUGGAUGAUCGCCAUCACCUUCCUGUCCGUGGGCUACGGAGACAUCGUGCCGAACACGUACUGUGGCAGAGGAAUUGCCGUCUGUACCGGAGUCAUGGGCUCAGGAUGCACGGCCUUGGUCGUCGCGGUACUGGCCAGGAAGUUGGAGCUGACCAGAGCUGAGAAGCACGUCCACAACUUCAUGAUGGACAACCAACUUUCAAAACGGUUGAAGAACGCGGCAGCCAAUGUUUUGCGUGAAACCUGGCUGAUCUACAAACACACCACCCUUGCAAAGAAGGUCAAAUGCGAAAGGGUAAGGACGCACCAACGAAAGUUCCUGCAGGCUAUACACAGUUUGCGUCAGGUAAAGAUGGAGCAGAGAAAGUUGAACGACAGCACGAACUCUCUCAUCGAUAUGGCUAAAACACAAAGCAACAUCUUGGAGACUGUGGUCGAGAUGAGCGCCCGUCAACUGUUGCUGGAGAACAAGGCAGACAGAUUCGAGCCACAAUUGCUUCAGCUACAA